AUGCAAACACCGCCCACGGCUGCAUCGGUGCUGUACAACUGGACAAUCACCCUUGACCUCGAGUGGGUUGCCGAAAUCGACGGCGGCGACUACGAGUGCAUCGCAUUGUACGCCCGUGAACCACACGGGAACACAAGCAGCAUAGAGUCGGUCGGCAGUGUGUCGGUGGACGUUGGCAGUAGCGCGGACGAAGAGGCAGUCCCCACCCCCUCCGCCAUGGCCAAGAACAGCCUUGUGUGGAUCGCCAGCACAGUGGUUGCCGGUAGCGUCGUGAUCGCUAUGGCAACAUACAUGCUGGUGGCGUCGUCACACAGAAAGCGGAGCACCUCCCUCUCCUUUGCACUUAUGGAUCCUGAGAGUGUACCGAGCAGCACCACGAUGCAUAACACGAACAGCUGCACGAGCACAACACCGACGAUGCGUCAAGCAUAUUCCCGUUCCGCGGGUCUAUUUCAGCGCUUCGGCUUGUCCAGGAAGACGCCUUUGCGGGAAACGCCAUCGUGCAGCAGCGGAAUGUCCGAGAGUCGCCAGAAGGACGAGGUGAGCUCCAGAUUCUCCAGCACUGAGUUGGUCGAGUCGGAGAUGCUAUGCACGGCAUCGUUCCAUCAGCAAGCGGUUUGCUGCUCUACAGGAAACACGUCGACUGCGGCGAGACGAAACUCGGCGGAUGCAGCACUGAAUCCGUACGAGUGUAGCAGCCAACCACGCAUCAGCAACGAUUAUACCCGCUUGCCGCUGCGGUCAAAGUCUCUGCAUCUGAACAAAGAACUCGUAGUCGGCUCCUCAUCCGCCUAUGAAGUGAUGCAAAGCGGAAUCCAGCACCCGACUGCGUCCGUGGACUCAGACCUGGUCGCUUCUCAGAAUGUCGACAAUAAGAGCGGUGUGGGAUCUGACACUGAGUACUCCUGCUACAAUGUUAUUAGCAACCGAAAGCGCCUGAGCACACAGAUAACUGUGCUGCCACCGUUGGAUAAGUGCGAUUCACAGGAUAGUGAAGAAACCUCACUGUUGCUGAUGCAGGGCAACUCCCCGUCGCUUAGCCCCACAAUCAGCAGGUCAUCGAUCCUCAGCAACGUGUCCACUGUUGGUAGCACCGCCAGCGCCAGCAGUGGCUAUAGUGGCAAAACUGCCGUUGCCACGAGUAACGUCAAUCAGCAUAUCGGCAUGGAGUCAGGCUACUCGACUUGGCAGCAGGCACAGCAUUAUGAUAUAUACGCGGCCACCGGCAGUACCAACGCCAGCAGCGGCGCAUCAACGGCAAGAAAUAGCACGGGAACCGUUGGCAGUAACCUAGCAAACGUUGGCAGUAGCAUAGCAACCCGGGACAGUGGCGCAACACGGUCGCUCGAGGCCAGCAUCGAGGCGUAUGAGGAAACAGCUGGUGUGGCUCUAUUGGCUGGCAAUGCCGUUGGUACCUACAGUGAUUCGCCAUACGCAGCCGCAUCGCCCUACACAGCCACGUACCACAGCAUGUGCAGGGAUGACAUCUAUGAAGCUAUGGACUACGGCUGUCGGUUUGAACGGGCGUCACACGACGACGACGAAGACGACAGCCACGGCAGUGCUCAAGUGCCCGCGGCAGCCGCGGCGCGUCUGGACAGUGUCGUCGAUGCCGUGAGAACGCACAGCUGGAACGUUCUGGUGUCGAAGAGCAGCACUGAGAUACUGGCUGGUGGCGGUGCGGGUGGCAAAGCAACGGCGGACUGUGAUUAUGACAUGUAUGCCAAGACGAACAACGCCAUGUCGGUCAAUCAGGAGAAGCCGGCUCCAGGCAGCCGUGACGACAGCGAGGUGAGUGAACACGCGCUACUCGGCUCCGGUUCGGAGUACAGCUUGUACGGCAUGUCGCAGGGUAACCACCAGGGCAAUGCCAGCCUGAAUCCAAGCGCCGUCCGCCAGAGCCUGGCAAUGUCGGGCAGUUUUCCCGGCGACCAGAAAGAAGCGCACAGCAGUCCCAGAUUGCUGGACACCAGUGCAGCAAACACCACCACUAGUAGUAGCAGAGGGAAGGAGGUGCGACUUUUCUCAAUGCCUAGCACAAUCCUGAGCGUUAUAAGAGUCAUGAGGCAGCUCGCUAAGCCAACGAAGCAUGAGGCGGGCCAAAAGACGAGUGCAAAGCCACAAGGCAAAAGCACUGAUGCCCACUCAAAUAGUGACUUGAACAAGCAUGGCUCGGCGACUGUCGAAUGCAACACAGCGCAGUAUGACCAACCACGCAGCAAAACAGCAGUUGGGCAAGCAUCAACAAACCACUCUACUGCCCAGAUGCGAAGGCAAGGUGCCAUAUCGAGCUGUGGCACGACCUCGGACAGCUGUGGGCCAUCAUGUAGCGAGCGAUACUGCGACGUCUUCGAGAGAGAGUCCGGCGCCUUUGAAGUAACAACUGCACCAACACACUACAACCAGAUAUACCAAGCCCAGCCCAGAAGUUCUGUGUCAAUGCAAGAUACCAUGCCACAGUUUCAAGCACCAGGCGAGCUGCCGACUGACUUGAAAACCAGUGGCAAAAGCAGCAGUGAAGUCAACAACCAACAUCUUGCAGCCAACAAGCAAUACAGCCAUUUAGAUGCGGCUGGGCGCUGUGAGGAAGCGAAGGGAGACUACAAUAAGUCCUCAAACGUCAAGACGAGUAGUUCCCUUCACAACACCAAGCUAUCAGAUCUGAUAUUCGAACAAGAUGAGCAUGAAAAGCUGGGUAUCACACCAUCAAGAGACGUAGAACAAGACUCCAUGGCUGUGAAUCUCCUCUACCAACAGCAAGGACUUGGCAGUGACAAAGGAAAACUGCCACCUUACGUGAGAAGCAGCGGCGAAAGCAGCAGUGAAGUCAGCAACCAACAUCGUGCAGCCAACCAGCAAUACAGCCAUUUAGAUGUGGCUGGCAGCUUCGAGCAAGCGAAUGGUGGCUACAAUAAGUUGUCCAAAGUCACAACGAGUAGUACAAAUUUCUCAGAUUCGGUAUAUGAACAAGACGAGUAUAGCAAGUUGGGCUCCAGCCCGACAUCAGGAAAAUCCCACAGUACCGCUGAUGACAUCGAUGUCGAGAAUGCUUGUCGCAGACGUACUACUAGCUCCAGACGUGGAGCCUCCCAAUCGUCUUCUCUUCAACAGCAGGCGUGCAUGAAAAGAAUGAGCUUAGAUGGGUUUGAUCUUGUUAUGGGACGCGGCCUGCAACUAAACUAG